CCUGCCAGCAGGGUCAUGAGUACCAGCCUGACUACCUGCGAAUGGAGGAAAGUCUUCUACGAGAAGAUGGAGGUGGCCAAGCCUGCAGACAGCUGGGAGCUCAUCAUGGACCCCAACCUCAAGCCCAACGAGCUGGCCCCAGGCUGGAAGCAGUACCUGGAGCAGCAUGCCUCCGGGAGGUUCCACUGCUCCUGGUGCUGGCACACCUGGCAGUCGGCCCACGUGGUCAUCCUUUUCCACAUGUACCUGGACCGCGCCCAGAGGAUGGGCUCUGUGCGUAUGCGCGUCUUCAAGCAGCUGUGCUACGAGUGCGGCACGGCGCGGCUGGACGAGUCGAGCAUGCUGGAGGAGAACAUCGAGAGCCUGGUGGACAACCUCAUCACCAGCCUGCGCGAGCAGUGCUACGAGGAGGAUGGCGGCCAGUACCGCAUCCACGUGGCCAGCCGCCCCGACAGCAGCUCACACCGAGCAGAGUUCUGCGAGGCCUGUCUGGAGGGUAUCGUGCACUGGAAGCCCAGCCAGAAGCUGCUGGAGGAGGAGGCGGCCCAAAGCACCUCCAAGGCCAGGGCCCGGGACACCUUGGGCUACAACUUCUUCUCUCUCCGCUGGUGCCUCUUCUGGGCCUCCCUCUGCCUGCUCAUCGUCUAUCUGCAGUUCUCCUUCCGAAGCGCUACCUUCUUCUAG